UUGGUGCGGUUGGCUGUGUCAAAUAACAAACUUUUUUUACGUGUUUUUGCGUGCGCGCGUGUAUAUUUUUUAUUUGUGAUAUAAUUUUUUUUAACCAUGUGGCAAGUUGUGGUACUAGUACUAACUCUCAUCGCAACCGCAAACUCCUACACGUCAAGACAGCACCGUCCAUACUCCGCAGCUUCCGAAUCACAGAUCAGUUUUGCCAUCGAAAACAAAUACGACGACACCGGCCCAGGGGCUAAAGGGCGGGAGUACGCGUACAAAACCUACAGAACCUUGGAAGAUGCCCUAAUCAACUACCUAGAUGACCCUAAUACAACACUACCUGAACAUGAAAGAGAAAAAGCUAUAAAUACCCUCAGACUACGAAACCCAAAUCAGGUCAUCUAUAGCAGCCCUAAGCGACCAUUCCCGACUGCCGAAGAGUACAAUACUUUCACGAAACAAUCUGUACCAACUGUAAAUUCAUUUAAUGCACCAAAUAAACAGAUCUUCCAAGUUUCUGAUAGCGAUUAUGGAUUGUUGGACCUAAAAGGUUUUCAGCUAAAAGACGUACCACAAAGUUAUCAGAAAGAGAGACUGAACGAUGGGUACAGUUACCAGAAUAUUCAGUCAGCCAAGGGUAUUCCAAUGAGCGUAGCACAAUUUACGAGGGGAUUCCAGGGUCACGAGUCUACGGUGGACAAUCAGUUUGACCCCAAUCCACAUUACAGCUUCUCCUACGGUGUCCAUGACAAGCGCACAGGCGAUACGAAGUCAGCACACGAGUCGCGUGCAGACGGCGUCGUGAGAGGGUUCUACUCGUUCAUGGACGCGGACGGGAAGCAGCGGACGGUGCUCUACACGGCGGACGACAAGGAGGGCUUCAAGGCUAAAGUACAACGCACACUGCGAGACACCCAGGAAUAGACAGGGAAAUGCUGAACAAACAUCAUAAAAAAUAUCAAAACUAAUUUUCUAAAUUUCCCUAUUUAAUUUAUUCUGUGUUACAAAUUUCCUAAUUAUAGUGUGAAAACUUGUAACAAAGCGUCCAGGCUUCAUCUACACUUAUUGGUGUCAAAUGUUACCUACAUCUUACGUGGUCAAUAACCUAUUAGCGUCAUACAACCCUGUGCUAUAUUAUAUUCAAUUAGCAAUAUUAAACCGGAUAAUUCUUUCUUGGUCAGAAAACUAUAGGCAUGCCAAAGUGGUAGGUAAGUACCUAAGUACUUACCUAUGUCACUUCAUGCUUUUAUAUUAUAGUAGGUGUAUGUAUAGAUGAGUGUAUAUUUUCAUCCUUGUAAAUAAAGAUUUGUUUUCAAGUUUCUACA